AUGAACCCCCUCCAGAAGAACAAGAUCGACGUCUCGUCUCUCUCGCCUGAGGAGCAGCGUCUUUUUCGCCUCUACGGAAAGCUUCCCUCUCGUUCGGACCACUUCGCCAAGCACCUGAAGGACCGCAAGUACUUCGACUCAGGGGACUAUGCCAUGUCCAAGGCUGGCAAGGGCGACAGCGUCGACACGGGCGCCGUCGGCUCUCAACACCCCGUUCCCGAGAAUAUCCCUCACCUCUCGAGCCCCGUCAACAAUUCCUCGUCCUCCCUCAACGGCAACAAGCAUCACGGCAGCAUCCCCAGUGGCGCUCACGCUGGCAGCCCCGUGAAGGAGGCAAGCUUCCUCAACCAGGAGACCAGCGCCGAGGAGGUUGAGCACAAGGACAAGGAGAAUAACUUGCCGGUCGACGAAGCCGCCAAGAUGGAGAGCAUUCCUAUCCGGAGAUGA